UAGUGCUGGGCAGCACGUUCCACGCAGGAAGACGUUUAUUUUCUCAAUCCUCAUCAUGUCUUCUAGAAAUAGGAAGUAUGAUUCUGGUUAUGAAAAGCGUAAGAAGAAACAAAGACUAGAAGCAGCAGCUCAAUCUCAAAAGGGUGCUCUUGAUAGAUUUGUUAUGAAAGAAUCUCAAUUUAAUUCUGAAAAUCAAACUGCAGCUGCUAAUGUUGAUGGGGUUCAUAGUGAUGAUGCUAAGAUUGCAAUAGAAGUUGAGGCUCACGCUGCAGAAAUUGUUCAAGGUGACGAUACUAAUAUUGCCGAUGAAGUUAGUGGACAUACUGAUGGAGUUGAUCUCAGCUUAGAUAGAUCACCAAGUACUGAAAGUAACAAUGACAUCAAUACUUCUUUUCAGCCUGAUAUAUUUGAUCCAAGAACUUGGGAUGCACUUGAUCUUAAAAUGAUUGAUAUUUUGGUGCAAAAGGGUCCUAAAAGAGAUUUGUCUAUUGAGAAAGGUCCUAAAGAUAAAUUAUCUAGAAAGUUUUCUGCAGUAUCGUACACUAGAGUUCUCUCAAAUGGAGAAAAGUGUGACAGAGAAUGGCUUGUAUACAGCAAAGAGCUUGACAGAGUAUUUUGUUUUUGUUGCAAAUUAUUGAGAAAGGGGUACGGGAAAGGUCAGUUAGCAAAUGAGGGUUUCAAUGACUGGUAUCAUCUUGGCACUAGACUUAAAGAGCAUGAAACUAGUACAGAACAUGUUAUGAAUAUGGCUACUUGGUAUGACUUGCGUCUCAGGUUGCAAAAGAAUCAAACAAUUGAUAAAGUUGCUCAGCGAAAACUUCAAAAAGAAAGGGACCAUUGGAGAAAGGUUUUGUUUAGAAUUAUCUUGAUUGUAAAAUUUCUUGCAGAACAUAAUUUAGCAUUUCGUGGCAGUAAUAGCAAGUUGUACCAAGACAGCAAUGGUAAUUUCUUAGGAUUGAUUCAAAUGUUGGCUGAAUUUAAUCCAGUUAUCCAACAGCAUGUUCAACGCAUCACGAAUGAUGAAAUUCAUAUUCAUUAUCUUGGUCCUGGCAUCCAGAAUGAGUUAAUAAAUUUGAUAGCUGCUGCAAUCAGGUCUCAAAUCAUUGGAAAGGUUAAAGAAGCAAAGUACUUCUCAGUUAUCUUUGAUUGUACUCCUGAUGCAAGCCACCAAGAAUAGAUGUCUUUGAUCAUAAGAAUUUUGUUAACCAUUCCCGUGACUGUUGCAUCUGCGGAAAGGAGCUUUUCUAAACUCAAGUUGUUGAAAUCCUACUUGCGUUCUACUAUGACACAAGAAAGACUCAAUAGAUUGGCGACAAUAGCACUUGA